CUAUCAACUAUGUUGGACGCUAGGUCAUCCAUGUUGGUCUACAUACUUCCACUCACUCUCUUAUUCCCAAUUGAUCUCAAUUAUGGGAAGCAAUCAGAAACUUCACUAUACCCUCUACAAAAACCUUCAGAAGCGUCACAAACCGUCAACGAAGGAUUAUCAUCGGCUUUUGCUGUGCGCACAGCUUUGUCCGUCACCUUCAGGCCCACGACUACAGCACCAGCCUCUCAAGAUUCGGUUCUUGCCACAAAUGAGCUGUCUGAAGCGAACCCUAAAACGAAGCCAGAGAUCCAAAGGCCGAAAUUCACCUGCCCUGAAAGUGAGGACAGAGACGAAGAUAUUUUCUUUUGCGAUCACUGUGGCGGUGCGAAAGAUGUGACACCGUGGACGAAUGACGGUGAACCGAAUGCAAAGUGCUCUGGGUUAUCGGACGGAAUGUGGGAAGACUGUCUCUGCUACGAAGAGCCACCACAGCAGGUGUUUCCACUGGAGAGAGGAAAGGUAGACAUGAGGAGGAAGGGGCAGAAGUAA